AUGUCCCCCUUCAACCUCGAGGCCUGCGCAAGGCCAAACAUCCUCGCACUCCAGCCCUACCGCUGCGCAAGAGACGAUUACAAGGACGACGGCACAAACAUCCUCCUCGAUGCCAACGAGAACGCUUACGGUCCUUCGCUCGGGGAUGAUAUCGCCAAAGAUGGAGGCUCCGACGUCGACUUUCUCGGUCUUCACCGAUAUCCUGAUCCUCACCAGGAGCCGCUGAAGCAGCAGCUCUGCCAGCUUCGUAACACCCACGCUCAUACUCCCAAGACGCUCAAGCCUGAAAACCUGUUUGUCGGCGUUGGAAGCGACGAGGCCAUUGAUGCUCUGCUGCGAUGCUUCUGCGUUCCCGGCCGCGAUCGCAUUCUUACAUGCCCACCCACAUACGGCAUGUACGCUGUGUCCGCCCAGGUCAACGACGUAGCCAUCGUCAAGGUCCCUCUCCUCUCGGCCCCGUCCUUUGCCAUUGACGUCCCCGCCGUGCUCGCGGCCCUAUCCAAUGAGCCCAACAUCAAGCUCGUCUACCUGUGCUCCCCCGGAAACCCCACAGGCUCGCUCCUCGCAAAGGCCGACGUCCAGCAGGUCCUCAACCACCCCACCUGGAACGGCGUCGUGGUCCUCGACGAGGCCUACAUCGACUUUGCCCCAGAGGAUGCUUCUCUCGCCGAGUGGGUCACCGAGUUCUCCAACUUAGUUGUCAUGCAGACCCUGUCCAAGGCGUUUGGCAUGGCUGGUAUUCGUCUCGGCGCUGCUUUCACUUCGCCCCCAAUUGCUAGGCUACUGAACAGCCUCAAGGCUCCCUACAACAUCUCUAGCCCUACGAGCUCUCUUGCAUCUUAUGCCGUCUCUGAGCGUGGCCUUGCUGUGAUGCGCGCCAACCGCGCGCGUCUUCUCGAGCAGCGUGACCGUCUUAUCGAGGAGCUUCCCAAGAUUCCUGGCGUGGGUCGUCUCCGCGGCGGCACCGAGAGCAACUUUUUGCUCUACGAGAUGCUCGACGCGGCAGGAAACCCUGACAACGCGACAGCACUGGCAGUAUACGAGAAGCUUGCCGAGUCCAAGGGCGUCGUGGUGCGGUUCAGGGGUAAGGAGCACGGUUGCCUAGGAUGCCUUCGUAUCACUCUCGGAACCGAGGCUGAGGUGACGAGAUUCCUCGAGUCGCUGCGGGUGACGCUGGCCGAGGUUAGAGGACAAUAG